CGGAUUGCUCGACGCCUCCAAUCACAUUGCUCCGCUUCUCUCGGCUGCAUCUCCGCCUAAAGACCUUCAGGAUGGAAGCUUACAAGCACAUCUCGGAGUAUUGAAGCGAUCGUUCGAUUGGAUCGAGACGUUGCAUCGUCCUUGUUGACAACCAUCCUCUCGCCCGCAAACAGCCAACGUCAUGGGGGCGAGCAAAGCCCUACGAUGGAUAUUGACCUGGUGCUUCGUACUGGCGUGGUGCGCAGGGCUCAGCGAUGGCGCGGAGCAGAACCCCAUCAGGCAGUUGGCCACAAAGCCGAACAUCGUCUUCAUCCUGACCGAUGACCAGGAUCUCCAUAUGGACUCACUCUCUUAUAUGCCCUUUCUAAAGCAGCACCUGGGUGAUCAUGGGACUUCCUUCCGGAGACACUACUGCACAGUGGCCUUGUGUUGUCCCUCAAGAGUAAGCAUGUGGACAGGCAAGGCUGCGCAUAACACCAAUAUCACUGAUUUGCAUCCUCCGUGGGGUGGAUAUCCCAAGUUUGUCAGUCAGGGCUUCAACGACGCAUACUUGCCUCUUUGGCUCCAGGAAGCUGGAUACGAUACUUACUACGUGGGCAAGUUGUUCAAUGCUCAGAGCACGUCCAACUACAACAAACCCCAUGCGGCAGGAUGGACUGGGUCCGAUUUCCUCCUUGACCCAUUCACUUACGAGUAUUAUAAUGCCACCUUCCAACGGAACAAAGAGCCUCCUGUCAGCUAUCAAGGUGGCUACUCGACCGAUGUCCUGGCGGAGAAGGCAUUGGGAUUCCUCGACGACGCCUUGAAGACAGACAGGCCUUUCUUUCUCACCAUUGCACCGACAGCUCCUCAUAGCAAUGUACAUAUCAGCAAUGACACGGCAGAACAAUCAAUGCCUCGGCCUGCCACACGUCACAGGCACCUCUUCCAAGACGCAAAAGUCCCCCGGGCCCCCAACUUCAACCCUGAUGCAUCGAGUGGUGCUUCGUGGAUCCUGACCUUAGCCAAGCAGAACCAAUCAAACAUCGAUUACAACGAUGAGUGGUACCGCAACCGUCUUCGGGCCCUGCAAGCUGUUGACGAAAUGAUUGAUGGCGUCGUGGAUCGCCUGGAGCAGGCUGAUAUGUUGGAGAAUACCUACCUUUUCUUCUCAACAGACAACGGCUAUAGCAUAGGACAACAUCGAAGGCAGCCUGGGAAGCAAUGUGCAUUCGAAGAAGACAUAAAUAUUCCACUCAUCGUGCGAGGACCCGGCGUUCCGAAAGGCCAUCGCACGGAAAUCGUUACCUCGCACGUCGACCUGGCGCCCACAUUCCUCAGCCUCGCAGAUGUCCCGGAAGCUGAAAUGACAAAGUACGAACUGGAUGGCAGUACCAUCCCGCUCCACUCGUUGGACCUGGUGCAUUCGGAACGACCGUGGCCACAAGAACACGUCAACGUGGAAAUGUGGGGCAUCAUCAUGUCGGAAGGGAGAUACGGCUAUGUCCUUUAUCCCAAUCAUACUUACAAGGCGCUUCGGGUCGUUGGUGACGGCUAUGAUCUGCUGUAUACUGUUUGGUGCAGGAACGAGCACGAGCUAUACGACAUGACCGUGGAUCCGUGGCAGAUGGAGAAUAUCUACGGCGCAGGGACCAGGCCUUUCAACAUCGCCCUGCCCGCUGUACCGCCAAAUGAACGCUCGUUUUACGCUUCGUCGCUCACAGACACAGAACACGUCUUCUCGAGCGUGAAUGUCACCACCACAGUAUCGCACCUCACGUCGCGCCUCGAUGCUCUUCUCUUGGUGCUCAAAACUUGCAAAAUGGAUGGGUGCCGCUUUCCAUGGUCGGCUCUCCACCCGGCCGGCGGUGUGCACAGCCUCCGAGACGCGUUGGAAUCGCAAUACGACGCAUUCUAUCGCACGAGGCCGAAAGUCCAAUAUGAGCGGUGUGAAAGAGGAUACUUCCCUGCCAGUGAGGGUGCGAUGUGGGAUGGAAGCAUGUCUUUCAGAGCAAUGGAGCAUGAAGUGUGGACCGGUCCUUGAUGACGAUUGGAAAUUUCCCCUCGCC